AUAUUUGUUUUAUUCGGACGGAAAAUAGUCUUCUGGAAAAAUCUAUUGUGGCACAUCAGAACAAACGAAAACAAAAUGGAUUUGCUGGGGUCAAUAUUAGGCUCCAUGCAGAAGCCUCCCACGGUUGAUGAGGCGGAGAAAAAGAAAGCAAGAGAGCAAAAGAAAUUGAUUGAAAAGAAACAGUCAGAAGAAAAGAAGCAUUUAGAUGUUUUUCGUAUGAAGACACAGAAAGUUAUUCAUGAAUUUAUCAAAGAUGAAAAACAAGAGAAAUAUAAAUUUAAACCUUUAGAUAAAGUCUACAGAGCUAUUGUACAUGAAGUAGCAGACGUUGCAGGUUUGACAUCGUUUUCAUUUGGUCAAGAAGAAGAAGAUAGAUAUGUGAUGCUAUGGAAAAAAGAGUUCGCACCAUCAGAUGAAGAAGUUUUAGCUUACAGGCGUGGCGAAGUCUGGGAUCCAGAAAAAGCCAAACAACUAGCUAAAGAAAAGGAAUUACAGAAACUAGAAGAUUCACAGAGUAGUAAAACGAAAGUAGUUCCAGCCAGUAAUUAUCGCGAUAAAUAUAAACAUCUGAUUGGUGAAGAGGCUGCCAAAGAUGCUGCACAAGAUUUAACCGCUAAUAAAUCAUACGGGUUUGUAUCCAGUCAAAAUAAACGUGAUACGAGAACAAUAGAACAAGUUCUAGCAGACACUCGCGCAAAGAAAAAACAAAAGACUGAUCAUCCAGGCACAUCAACAGAAGAAGGUUCAUCCAGCCAAAGUGAAAUUAGUAACAUAACAGGAGAAGAUAACUCUACAACUCAAUCACAGAAUUCAACAAACUCUUCUUGACAAAAUACCGAUUUAGGUUCUAAAUAGUUGUCUGUAGGAAUGUUUUAAUACGCCCACAUUUUCAUGUGGACGUAUAUUGUUGUCGCUCCUGUCUGUCCGGACGUCCAUAAUUUGUUUGUGGACACUCUACAGGUCACAAUUCUUAUCCGAUUUUGACGAAACUUGAAAUAUAGGUUUAUGUCCAAAAGAUCUCGGCUGUUUGUACGAAAAAUCACGUUUUUAGCUUGUGGACCCUAUAGAGGUCACAAUUUUUAUCCGAUUUUGUUGAAACUUGAAAUGUAGGUUUAUAACCUAAAGAUCUCGUUUCCUGUCGAUAUUUGCGCAUAUCGGACCGUAACUUCCUGAAUUAUGGCCCCUGAUUGUACGAAAAAUCGCGUUUUUAGCUUGUGGACCCUAUAGAAGUCAUAAUUUUUAUCCGAUUUAAAAAAACGUAUUAAUAUAUCAUCGUUACACCCUAAGGACGGCUGAGUUCGAAUUUCGUGAAAAUCGGCCCAAAACUGACAGACAAAAUGGGUGCCCUUUGUUCUCAAAUAGCGAAAAAAUAUGGUAUAUCAAGGUUGUGGACCCUAUAGAGGUCACAAUUUUUAUCUGAUUUUGUUGAAACUUGAAAUGUAAGUUUAUAACCCAAAGAUCUCGGUUCCUUUCGAUAUUUGUGCAUAUCGAAUUGUAAUUUCCUGAAUUAUGGCCCUUGAUUUUAGGAAAAAUCACUUUCUUUUUAGCUUGUUCUCUAUCCAUCUCUCAAAAAUGUGGGGCGUAUCCUGCCAUGCCUGUUUUUUUUUUUGUUGUAAUUUUGCAAUAGUUUGUUAUAAAUUUGAAAAAGAAAAAAAAUUGCCAGUGCUUAUCGAAAUCAAUUAACACUUGGUAGGUUAAAUUAACAUCUGUAAAUAUUGUAACCACAAGCUGAAUUCAAUUUAUUAAUCGUCGUUGGAGGGAUUUCAAAUCUUCUGCACAUUAGAAUAUUGUAAAAAUUGAAUAUGGCUCAUUUCCGUUCAAUAUUCAGGGGCAGACGAUAUAUAGCAUACACUCAUGUUGAUUCUUGAAUUUAAUUGUAUAUAGUCCUCUGAAAUGGGGAUAGAAAUGAAAUGAAAUGACUUUAACGUUCUACUGUUCUGCUCCUAGCUAAACUAGGCUAAAGAAAACGGGCAUAUGCCAUACAGUGUGCUAUGAGGGAAAUUUUGAGCGGGCAGCGGCGCUACAGCCUACUCUUAAUAUCGAAUAAAGACAGGCAUAUUAUGCAUUGCUGUGUGGCGCUAUGUCUUACAACUAGCCCGGGUUUUAAGGCCCUCUGUUCUGUACCUCUGACAAGAAGAAACCAGAAAUGAUUUUGUAUAUUUAUAUUGUGCUAGAUCCUUCCUAAAUAGCAAAGAUUAUACUUAUCCUGAUUAAUCCCACAGAAAUGUUUUUUUUGCAAAAUGGAUCAUAUCAUAAUUUUAAUAAAAAUGCAUAAAACAGGG